AUGACACUCAUUUCGCAAGCCAUCAAGAACGACCACCGCGAGCUAGAGGAUGCAUAUAGCAAGAUCCUCAGCGCCGCCACGGACGAUGAAAAGCGUCGAUGGCAGAACCAGUUUACCUGGGAAUUAGCCCGCCACUCCAUCGGCGAAGAGUUGCUUGUUUACCCUGCUUUUGAGAAGAAUCUUGCCGAUGGGAAGCAAUUGGCCGAUAAAGAUCGUGCUGAACAUCAAAAAGUCAAAGAACUCCUCUACAAAUUCCAAGGCCUCCAACCCAAAGACCACGAAUUCACACCAACCCUAAGAUACCUCUGGUCCGAUCUGUCGCAACACAUCAGGGAAGAAGAAAAGCACGAUCUCGUACAGCUCGAGAACGCGCUCCAACAAGCCGACUCUGAGAAAUUGACUACCAAAUUCAAUCGCACCAAGAAAUUUAUUCCGACUCGUAGUCACCCCGAUGCUCCCGAUAAGCCACCCUUUGAGACUGUGGCGGGAUUGAUGGCGGCACCGUUGGAUCAUUUGUCAGACCUGUUUAGGAAGUUUCCUGGGGAGUCGAAGAGUGAGUUGCCUCCUUAG